AUGAAAGGAGCUCUAAUUUGUGUUUGCCUUGCGCUCUUCAUGGCUCUUUAUGGCGCCGAAUAUAUCUGCGAUCCCUUCACCGACAACGAGCCCGACUGCACCAACUCCACCAACCUGAACGUCCCCAUUCGUAACUUCUGGGAUCCUACCCGUUACUGGCUAUGCAACUCCACUAGCUCCCCCGACCCUCAAGUUGUUAAGUGUGAGCGGUUUUUGAAGAAUGGAACUGUGGAUCAAAGUUACCAAGCAUUCGACCCUGAAUCGAAGACGUGCAUCUCCUGGUCCGACUGGACUUGGUCUCCGUACUGUUAA